GCACCCUCGAGGAUCAUAUGAGGUUCUUCUUCUCCAGAGUUGUGGAGAUAGAAGAGAUACAACGUAGGCAUAGAUGAAGAUCGUAUGCACCCCUCCACCAAAACGCAGUCAACUACGUCACACAAAGAGUGAAUCUCGAAAGAGACACAAUCCAAGGAGCCUUUAGACGCUUUACAAGGAUUGCCUAAGGAGUUCUAGGGAGUAACUAAUUUGGUCCUUUUUUAAGUUUAGUUCUCGUCUUUUUCUGAGUUUUCUUCUUGUUGUGGAUGGUUGGCUAGCGGUUCAUUUUCUUCACUCAAUCAUUUCUUUUCAGCCCGGGUGGGGCUACAUCAAUCAAAGCCGUCUACUGGGACCGAGAUACGAGUAGGUGCAUAUUACUCAACAUACUUAGGUCAGUCCCAGAUAGUCGUGGUGGCGUAAGUAGCUCUAGGUCUAGGUAGAAAUAGAAUAGACGUAGUGUAGCCAUACAACGGGCGCAUAUCUCGGUUGUAUGAGUAUCUCUAACAUCGGUGUAUAAUUGCAGAAACUUGAGCGCAUCUAAGUACUUUAAUAAAGAAUUAUUUACUCACCUAGUUGGUUCCUAAAAGGUUGUGAGUUGUGUGGAGGUCGUUUUAGCAGAUUGCUCAACAGUAGUUCUUCACUUUUCCUUCCAUUGGUCUUGGUAUAGUGAAAUAGUAGAAGGACAACGAAUCUAGUAAGUAGUCGUCCUAUCGAACAUCUUUAAAGUAGAAAAAUAAGUCUAACAGCUUGAACAUUGGACUUGACUUUACAAUAAUAUUGAAAGAAUAUUCUUCACUUCUUCUAUCGCUUCUAUCUUGCAAUAAACUAAAGGAAGAACGGACCACAAAAUUCCACCAAAAAUAGUUGACGCAAUGUCAUCUCGUGGCAAGAAGAAUCGAAGCCGGAACGAGGCAGAGCUAAUCGAGAACGCGAUUCUUGUGGAAGCUCGCUUGAAGUUCGAGACUGAAUUGCACGAUGAACGCGCGUCCUUACAAACUCGCCUUGAACAGCGCGAAAAAGAAAUCUCGGAUGUACUUCUUUGUUUUUUCUUUGCUCCUCAUCCUUCAAUUGGUUAACGAUGAAGACCAUGUGAUGUCCUUAUUUCCAAGGCUUUCCAUCCAUAUCAUUUUUUACCUUUCCAUCCGUAUCUCCAAACACUUCCACCACAGGCUUUCUGCGAACAGCUGGAGCAAGAGCGCAAAUCACUAGAAGAAUCGAAUGCCAAAGCUGCUCAGGAAGCAGAGCGUGUAUUCCGUCAGCGCGAACAAGAUUUACUUGAAGCUGUCAAUAGAGAGCGAAACCGCUUGUCAGCUGAAAAGUUAAGAUUCAUUUGGUAUUGUAUUUUUCAGUGGUUAUUAUAUAUUAAUAUUCCUUGGUGUCUUGUUCCUUUUAUGAUUCAUAUCUACUUGACUUAGCUAGCCUUUCUGCCAGAAUAGCAGGCUAAGUCAAGUCCAAUCUACGGCUAGUUUUGGAUAUCUGUGGGUAACACACCCCGCACAAGAAUCCAACUUCGUCUUGAACCGCGAGACGUUUUCAAAAGUCUGAUCUGUUUGAAUGACACGUAUCCAGCACCCACUCUUGGACCAUGCUUGUACUAUCUAUACCCAUACUAGUUGUUCUAAUUUUCGAUGCGAUCGAACGCGAGCGGAAGGAGAGCAAGCUGAAAUCGAAGGCAGAGGCGAACAAGAUUGCAGAAGAGGAGAUGAAGAAGCUGAAGAAGCAGGAAAAGGCUUUGGAGGAGUUUAAACGUGGUGAAGAAAAACGUUUCAGACGCAAGAUUGAGAUGGAAAAGGAAAACCUGAAGAAAGAAUGCAACUUCAAGCUACAGCAGGAAAAGAAAAAGUUCCAAGACAAGUUACAACUGAAGGAGAAACAGUUGGCGCAGAAGAAGGUAAUAUUUCAGCGACGUAGUGAUUUUUCGUGUAAUAUGUGUCCUACAGCAACAAAUGUGAUUCUGCUGUGAUCUUCUCCUCUGAGAAGACGUAGUUGUAGAAGACUCGUCAUUUCCUUGUGGCUACUAGAAGCAUGGGUUUCAUAGUGUUUUCAGAGUGAGGCCAUCAUACUUGUACUUCUACUCCCACAUCAACAACAUGACCACCUUCAUUACCCCUCCCACGAGCACGACAACACCAUUUUCCUUUCCACUCUUCGCUAAUCAGGACCUAGAACUCGCUGAUAUUCGAACUUUGACGGAGCAACAUCUGUCCGAGAUCCGCCAGCAGUUAGGCAAAGAAAAGGACGAAUUCCAAAAACGCAUGCGCGAUCAGUUGGAGGACGAAUACAAGUUUGAGCUGGAGAAACUGAACCUCCAACGCAAAAAGGACCGUGAGGAACCUGGUUGGGUCUUGGUCGGCGGAACACAGAACGUGAUGCUGGUGGAAGUGUGAGAGAUGGGUUCCUUACCUUUGUUUUUGUAGAUACUAGGUAUAAAAAUUUGACACUGAUAGAAAUAGGUUCGUUUUUAGCUAUGAAACUACUGUUUUUGAGACAUCUUUAAGUGGGCAGUCUGUGGACUUCUUACUGUGUUGAUAAAAUCAGUCACAUUCAUCUUGAUGCAGAGUAGAAUGAUUUCUAGAACUAAAACGACCUAUAUGUCAACAAGAUCACAUAAAUUCUAAGAACAAGAAGUUUUCGAUGGUUCGAUUUAAUGAAAGAGAUAAGGCACUCUCCAUUCAUUGGCGACGAAGUAGAUAUUUAGAUCUUCGUCAACUUGAGCAGCUAACCUGCAAGGAGAUGAUCGUCGAUGUGCCACGCUUCAUGGGAUGGCGCAACAAGUGUUGUUAUGAAAACGGGCGGCUGGAGAAGAUAUGAUUGAUGAAAACUAGUUUUAAGGGGUGGAAAAAUGCUUCUUUCUAUCUUGGGGAGAAUUUUUAAGUAAAGUAGAAGUACGAAUAGUUGUGGCUGUACAAAAAUGUUUCGUGCUGUUUUUGGCAGUUUUGUUUUGUUGUUAAAAUUGUAUUUCUGGUGAGGGUCUUCAACAUCAGAAGUUUGAAGAAGUGAUAUUGGUAAUAAUAUCUUGGGGAGCGCUGUGAUGUCGCCUUUUUUGAGUUCUAUAAUUCUGGGGUGGUGUAGUGUGGAGCAUAAGCACCAAGUAAGAAAGUGGUGUUAAAAUAUGAAAAAAAUUCAAAAAAUGUACGUGGUAUCUGUCAGGGUUUUAUUUUCCGUAAGAGCAGUAUUAUUUUAUUAUGUACAAAUUAUGUUAUUUAGUCAGAGUCACUCUUCUACAACAGGUUAUUCUCAUGGGAUGUUCGAGUAGAAUCAAAUCGAUAGAGUGUUACACAGAGUGUUACGCACCAAUCACAUCGUCAUCAUCAUUAUAUAUUAGAUGUGACUGUUUUUCUUAGUUAGUUCCAAUACUUAAUCACGUCGUGACUGAUUACUAUUACAAACAUGUCACGCAAGGUUGCACGAAAGGUGCAGAAAACCAAUGACGCGGUCUCGUCGGAAGAAAGAGACAAAAAGAAGUCAUAUCGUUCUGGGGGAGAAAAAUGUUCACUAGAUAUAGGGGAGAUGAAAAAAUUCGUUUGUAUCUCUGUGUAUUGAAAGGGGUGCUGGAGGACAGCUGUCUAUCCUGUAAUAUAAACGAACCCUGUAAUAUAAACGAAGUUUAGGUUAGUUUUUUAUGAAGAAAGAUUCCCGUAGAAGAACCAUAGCAGGAUGAAAAUAGGGGGGCAUCAAGAAUGCAAUGCUUCUUUUGGACCGGACGCUCGUCUUGCUAAGGUGCUCGCUCCACGGUCUGCAUGGAAGAACCCAAUGCUGAAGGACAAGCUUGCAUGCCGCAAAUGUCAGAAGUGGGAGCUAGAUUUUGACCCUGCUGCGAUGUCGAUUAGAAUGCUUUAGGCACAUUCAUUCACUGACGCAUCUGCUUCUAUGUAUCCCGUAUCGUGGAGGCUAGUUGUAUCUUGAUGUUUCGAUCUUCGCUAAAUCAAUGAAUGUUGUAUAUGUACUAGAUGAUCAAAAUGUUGAUUCGAUUCGUAUGUGAAGAGAAAGAUUGAAAGCGCAGCUCGCAUCAGGCCACCAAAAAAGUACUAGA